CCAUCACCACAAAUCACCAAAUACAGAAAUAGCAUAACCGACCGACUUUCGAAUCCCAAAUCCAAUCCCAUAGGAUAGGACCAGCAUCAAUUGCUCUUAUAAAUCUUCGCAUAAAUCUCAAAACCUAAAACCCUAAUUACUGUAUCCAAUACAGAUACACACAGAACAUGGAGCAACACGAAGACCAGGAGCAAGAGCACGACGUGUACGGAGGUGAUAUACCGGACGAGGGAGAGAUGGACGCCGGUGUCUACAUGUCAUCUAGGUCAGAGGAACAUGAGGAACACGACCCCAGCUCUAAGGACCUGGAGGACAUGAAGAAGAGGCUCAAGGAGAUCGAGGACGAAGCCAGUGCUCUCCGCGAAAUGCAGGCCAAGGUGGAGAAGGAGAUGAGCGCUGGUCAAGAUUCCUCAAGUGCUUCUGCUACUCAGGCUGAAAAAGAGGAGGUGGAUGCCCACUCAAUUUAUGUUGGCAAUGUAGACUAUGCGUGCACUCCUGAGGAAGUGCAGCAGCAUUUUCAAUCCUGUGGAACAGUGAACAGAGUGACAAUUUUGACAGACAAAUUUGGACAGCCAAAGGGAUUUGCAUAUGUUGAAUUUGUAGAGAUUGAAGCUGUCCAGAAUGCUCUUAUGUUAAAUGAAACAGAGCUGCAUGGUCGUCAGUUAAAGGUUUCAGCUAAGCGGACUAACGUACCUGGCAUGAAACAGUAUCGGGGAAGGCGACCCAACCCAUAUUCUGGGUUCCCAUCUCGUCGUCCCUUCAAUCCUGGCCCCCCAAUUUACUCGUCUUAUGGUUAUGGAAGGGUUCCAAGGUUCAGGCGGCCAAUGCGGUUCAGGCCAUACUAAUGAUAUAUGUGUGGUGUUUGGCCUCAAUAGCGAGAUGACCUUUGCUGAUGGUUUACAAUGGUAUUAUCAUUAUGUUUCAGUAACCAAACUGGAGGAUGACUCAUGUGGCUGAUGGCCAUCUUGAUCUGCUGGACAGGAACCGUUGUGACUAUACGGUUGCUAAAAUUGCUUCAUAUGGUUAAAAGGAGGCAUAUGUGGAAGUGGAAGCAGCUUUUAUGUAUUUUUGAAUCACAAUCUCCUAUUCGUGUUAUCUGUCCCCGAUCCUGCCCACUGUGGCAACUUUGUGUGUACUGGAGUAAUUUACCUUUUUUUUUUUUUUAAUGUCGUUCAACAGCUGUGUAAACUAAAUCAACAGAGAUCAUAGAGCUUACUUGAUGAAAACAGUGACUUAGCCUGAAAGCAUGUCAAUGAAGACCAAUAUGUCUCACUUGGUAUGUGGAAAAUAAUCACAAGGGUUGCCGAUUAGACCA